CAGUCCAAUUGCUUAAGCAGCUUUGGCCAAUGGGCUUUAAGGAACGUUGACCCUGGAAUGACGUCAAACGUGACUCAAAAGUAGAGUGCGGCAGCCUGAGUGUGUAUGAAGAUUUGUAAACCUUAUCCUAUGAGCGGAGAUGGCGCGUACAAAGCAGACCGCCCGUAAAUCGACCGGUGGUAAGGCGCCCAGGAAGCAGCUGGCCACCAAGGCGGCUAGGAAAAGCGCUCCGUCCACCGGUGGUGUGAAGAAGCCUCAUCGUUAUAGGCCGGGCACAGUUGCCCUACGAGAAAUCCGCCGAUACCAGAAGUCCACUGAGUUACUUAUCCGUAAACUACCCUUCCAACGUCUGGUCAGGGAAAUUGCCCAGGACUUCAAAACUGACUUGAGGUUUCAGACCGCUGCAAUUGGAGCUUUGCAGGAAGCCAGUGAAGCCUAUUUGGUUGGCUUAUUUGAGGACACCAAUUUGUGCGCCAUCCAUGCUAAAAGAGUAACUAUCAUGCCCAAAGACAUUCAGCUGGCCCGGCGAAUCAGAGGAGAACGUGCUUGAAAUUAUGCACUAUGUGAAAAAAGUUCUCUGGAAGUUAAAUGUAUUUUGGAAUCGGUAUUUGAAAAUGAUCAUUUCUAAAGCAUUUUUGGACUACAAUCUUGACUUGUUAAGGCUAGGCCAUGUUUCAUAUUUUUGUUAGUAUUGACAGCAACUUGCAACAUUGAAGUAGCAGAUUAUUUUGUAAACAUUCCAUGACACUUGGCUCAGGUUUCAAAAUAAAAUAUUUUGUAUCUUAA